GGUUGAUCAUUGAAAACAAAAAUACAAAUAUGGCUGCCCAUGUGUAAUUUCCGGAAGCAUCGCAAAUCACAAUUGCAAUGCUGCAUGCAAAUUAGUUGUGUGCUUAUAUAUUUACAUCGCACUUCGUCAACUGUUGGUUGAAAUUUAAACGAGUUUAUUAUUUAAAGUAAAGUAUAAAAUGGCUCAAGCUAAACUAGAAACUAUAGAUUUAACAGACACUGACAAAGAUGAAAAGCAAGGUACCUCAUUAGAAUGCGCAGUGUGCCUUCAAACAUGUGUUCACCCAGCAAGAUUACCAUGCAGUCAUGUAUUUUGUUACUUAUGCGUUAAAGGUGUCGCUAAUCAGAGCAAAAAAUGUCCCAUGUGCAGACAAGAAAUUCCACCAGAUUUUGUUGAGAAACCAAAUCUAAUUGAAGUAGAAGAAUCUAAACAAUCUGCUGCUGCUGAAGAAGAGUAUCAGUGGUUUUAUGAAGGACGAAAUGGUUGGUGGCAAUAUGAUCAGCGAACAAGUCAGGAACUUGAAACAGCUUACAAACAAGGAACACGAAAAUAUGAUUUGUUGAUUGCGGGUUUUCUUUAUACCGCAGACUUUGGAUCGAUGUUACAAAUACGCCGUAACGAUCCAGCACGUCACCGUCGUAUCAAACGCGAUUUAUCAAAUGUACCUAAAAAAGGUAUUGCUGGUUUACGUCUUAAUCAGCAACAAGAAGAAGAACCAGUCUUUCGUGAAAUACGUGGAGCUGAAAGACCCGCUAGUCCCGCUAGUGAUACUACCGGAACAGGAGAUGGAUCAAGCACACCAGUACCACCAAGUAACACUCCGCAGACCCCAGCAGGACAUUCCAGUGGAGAUGCUACACCUCUAACCGACAGGACGGAUCAACGAGCGGACUCUUUACAUCAGGUUUUAGAACAAAUGCGUUCAUUAAUGCUUACAGGGCAUUUGCCGUUUAAUAGUGAUAAUGAACUUGAAGAAUCAACCCACGAUGGAUCAUUUUCAGAUCAUCAUAAUUCAUCAUCCAUCCUGUGGCUCCAACCGAAUGCGUCGUACUCGUCCGAUGAAGAUAAUCAUUAAAUAUGCAAACCAGUUUCAUCCAUUUUCCAGGCCGCCGAGGGGAUAGGGCAUCUUGAGUUACUUCCAUUAUCACUUCACAUCAUUUGGUAUUUUUAUUUUAUUUUUUUUAUUAUAAAUUAUUUAUUUUAUCAUGACCUCAUUGUUGCUUUAGAUCCAAUUCGGCCGAAGUUUUAUAUUUAAUAUUUAAAUGUUAUGAAGAAAUUGUGAUCAAAACAAAAUUUUAUAUUUAUAUGAAGAUUUUAAAUCUUUAAAUUGUUAAGUUUAAAAUAAUACAUUUUUUUUUUAUUUAGAUUAUUUAAAGUAAAUAGCGAUUCGAUGGGCAGUUACUUUACAGAAUUAUUCAAUUGCUCAAUAAUGGCUACAAGACUUCAUUUGAGGAUCUAAAUUAUUAGCAUGGAUGAAAAA